AUGGCAGCAGCAAUGACAUUAACAAAUAAAUCUUCAAUUGUUAAUAAUUCAUCAAAACAUUCAUCACCAAUAAUUAAUCAACGAGAAUCAUAUUCUCCAGCUUCAUCAACAACACUCUCACCUGAAUCAACAAAUUCAAUUUCAUCACCUGAUAAAUCAUUUGUAUUAAAUGAACAACAACAACAACUUCAACAACAAUCAAUUCGUCUUGUUGAUUACUUUGUAGUUUGUGGAAUAAAUAAAUAUGUUGAUGUUGAACCAUCAUCAGAUAUAACUGGUAAGAAAAACACAUAAAGAGGGUGAUCCAAAAAUGACUGUUUUUAACGCACGCUAGAAAUGCUAUAAUACGAAAGUUCUUGUCACCUAGAUCACGAAUCUGACAUCCGUUUGUCUAGAUCUGAU